AUGUCAGUUCCUCCUCCUCUGUCGGCUUUGAACUCCGGCAAAAAGGCCCAAGGUCCUCCGGGGUUGAAGGGGGGCCCCUUGAAUCCCCCCAAAAAGCUGCCUCUGCUGCGCGCCCCCAAGCUGCCCCCCGCGCCGCCUUCAGCAGCAGCAGGAAAGCGCCCCCUGCCUUUGCCACUCCAGCGGGGGCCCCCUCCUGCUGCAGCAGCAAAGGCAGCUCCUGAUGAGGAGGCGGUCUCUGUCUCAGAGAGUACUGAACAGGGCCUUCCCUCCAGAACAGAGGAAAGCCCCAAAGACGCCUCAGAAUGCAGCAGUGGCAGCCCGCAACGCACGUUGUCAGGCAGCCGGCUGACAGGGGAUGGGGGCCCCCCAUCGAGGGGCCCUUCGGGCUCCGUGGAGCAGCCUUCAAGCGUCACAGAGGAGCAGUCUUCUCCCGUAGAUGAAUCGCAGCACGAUGGGGCCCCUUCCAGCGACCGGCAACAGCAGCAACAGUCCAAGGAGGCACCAGGGGCCUCCAACUCCACACCACCUCUCAAAACAUCUGAAGAAGCAGAACUUAGCUCCCCUGUCUCCAGGGUGUCUUCUCCUGAAGCAGAGGACGAAAAGCAGAAGAGCGCAAAAGGAACGCAAGCAGAAUGUGCUGUUGUAUCGGGAAAGGGGGCCCCCAAAGCGAGGGGCCCUUCAAGGCCAAAUACUGGUGCAGUUGCUGCACAAAGUGGAGAUAAUAAAGAAGUUAAAAAAGGGUCUCUGCACGUGCCGGCAGAAGCCCAACUUCCCCCAGCAGACGCCCCAUCAAAGGACCUGGGAUCCCCCCAAGUGCCACAAGCUCAACACUUGAAGGGGGUCUCCAACGGGGGCCCCUCGCAGGUCCCCCUGCCUUCGCAUGUGCUGCAGCAAAUAGAAACAGACAGCCACGACCGCCCUUCCCCCGACCCUUACUCCUCCUUAAUACGGCAGAUGUUUAGCAGGAGCUGGGAAGCAUUGGAGGCCCCCACUGCGCCGUUGGGGUCCCCCGGGGGCCCUCCUUUCCAGUAUACAGUAGCAGGGGGGGCCCUGGCCAGCACAUGGUGUACGUGCAGCGGAACGCUCGCAGGGGGAUCGAUCCCGGGGGGAAGUUGUUGCUGCGCCUGCUGCACGCCUAGCUGCAUGCAUGCAGCUGGAGGCUUUCUUCCGCAGCAGCAGCAGCUGGUGCAGCAACACCAACAGCAGCGUUUGCUGUUGCCCCUUGAUGGAGUUCCCUUGGGUCUGAGUGUGACGCCCCACCUCGGGGCUCCCCAAAGUGAUCUCCAACCGCAGCAGCAGCAGGAACUGAAGAACCAGGGACAGCAGCAGCAGCGGCAGCCUCUUACUGCGAUAAAUUUUGACUUUGAUCUCAUUCCGGCGGAAGCUACGGGCGAAAUUGACGAAUCAGAAGAAAGCGAUUUGGAGGGUUUAGACCACCGUUGGGGGAUGGUUAGUGGUGACAGUCGUUGGGCUAAGGUGACUUCUGAGACGCGGCUGAACCCCCCUCCUCCUCUUGUGUCUCCCCGUUAUUUUUCUCUGUCUGGGGGCAACCGCUUGGGGGUGGCGGGGCCUUCUUACCGCAGUUUGUACACCCGACCCCGCCGCUAUAAGAUGGGUAACACCUACUGCAAGCAUUAUCAACUGCCUACAGUUUCUGCGCUCCUGAGAGCAGGCAUGCCAGAGUUCUUAAGAAAAAGACCCAUCAAAAUCAUGAGAGAAGGCAGUUGCAAAUUCCUGCAUGCAAAUGCCACUCUGCCGCUGAGCGUGCAACAAGCACAGACAAGCACAGAACAAGGAGAGGGGGCACCGCAUGCAGCAGCAGCAGCAGCAGCAGCACAGAUAAGCGCAGGACAACCGCAGGAACAACAAAGCCCUACACAAGACAACCUCCCUCCCUCUCUAACUCAGUCAUGGCAGCAGAGGGGGGUUUGUCAACAUGAGGGCUCCGAAUACCUUGGGCACCCAGUCUACGGGCCGCCUCAUCUCCACCCUCUCGUUGCAACGGCUCCUUCUUAUCCUUGCUUCUUCAUGGGGGGGCCCCAACAGGCUGGAGUCUCUCUUCCACCCCAUGCGCACAUGGGGGCCUCGAUAUCUCAGAUACACGGGGGGCCCUCUAUCUGGCAACCCGGGCAACCUGUUUUAGGGGGCCCCCAUAUGGGCUCUCCGCCUCCCUCUGGGGGGCCCCCAGGCGUGUACUGGAGUGGGCAUGCAGGGGCCCCCACCGGCUGGAUAGGGCCCCCUGGUAGCAGCAACACGGGUUGCUUCUUCGCAUCAACACAGCCUUGCGCUGCAGUGCAGCAGCAGAUGCACGGGGGGCCCUGCAGGGAGGGGCCCUUCCAUUGUAGGGGCUCCUCCUGUGCAGAUUCUUCUUUCGUUUUAAGUCAGAAGGAGAAAGCAGCGAAAACUGCAAAGGGUCAUCCUGGAUAUCCUACGACAACCAAGGAUGGUGAAUGCAAGCAGCAGUCCGGAGGAAAGGGGCCUUCGGUGGCAGAAGCUGCUGCUGCACAGAAUGACGGGGAAGUUCCAGCAGCAGCAGGAUCCCCCGCUGCAAAUGGAAGCAGCAAGACCCCCACGGGUGCAACACAAACUGCAGCAGCAAGCCAGAAUUCGAAAGGGGAAAAGAGCAGUAGCAGGGAGCACACAGGUGCUGAUGGGAAGGCGCUAGGGCGGAGCUGCAGGUCGUUGCUCUCCCGUGGCAAAAGUAAAGGUGAAGUUCAUAACUAUUUGAGGCACCUCUCGAAAGCGAUAUGA